AGCUUGAAGAAAAAGAAGAAGAAGAAGAUAAUAAAACAAAAAGAAGAAAUUAAUAAAUAAAUCACUCUUGUAAAUAUAUCUACGACUGACUAUUAUUUUUUAUAAUUGUAUUAUAAUAUUAUAAUUAUCGAUUGAUACCGGUGCAAAGAUUUAAACAUUUGAGGAUAAACGAAGAUUGUACAUAGAUAAAAAUAAAAAAAAAACAAAAAAAAAAAAAAAUCCGUACUAUCGGCUACGUUUUCGGCCUUCGGAUCGUUGCGCGUUUAACAAUAAAGUUUAAAGAAGAAAAGUAUAGAAGUAGAAGACGAUAUUCGUAGCAUCGCAAUCAACACCUGAAGCAAAAGAAUACUCUUCCAACAUAUCGCCGAACAAGAUGGUCGAGAAAAUAUUGGAGGAACGUGAGGACGAGCGGCAGGAGUCUGGAAGAGGAGAUGGCGGUUGCAGGGAAAUCGCAUCCAACGGAGAAACCAUGAGCGCUGUUCAAGCUCGUCAAGAAGAAGCCAGGCGAAAGAGACGCAGGAAGAAACGUUCCGGUUCAUCUCUAGUCUCAUCUUGUUUCCAAGAACUUUACAAGCUUACCGGUGAAGUUCUUGGGGAAGGAGCUUACGCUUCUGUGCAAACCUGCGCUUCCCUGUAUACCGAUUUGGAAUACGCGGUUAAAAUCAUUGAUAAAAUUCCGGGACAUGCGCGUGCCAGGGUAUUCAAAGAGGUUGAAACCUUCCAUCAUUGUCAGGGACACUCCAACAUCAUACAACUUAUCGAGUUCUUUGAGGAUGACGAGAGGUUCUAUUUGGUGUUUGAGAAAGUAAACGGAGGGCAGCUACUGAACAGAAUUCAAGAAAGAAUUCACUUCACCGAACGUGAAGCAAGCGAAAUUGUCAAAGAGAUAGCCAGCGCCUUGAAUUUCCUCCACAAGAAAGGAAUAGCGCACAGGGAUCUAAAACCAGAAAACAUCUUGUGCGUCCAUCCGGACAAGCUGACGCCCAUAAAAGUUUGCGACUUUGACCUGGGCUCAGGGAUUAAGUUCAACAACUCGCUGUCGAGCCCAAUUGCAACACCGCAGUUAUUAACGCCUGUCGGUAGUGCUGAAUUCAUGGCACCUGAAGUGGUCGAAGCUUUCAUUGGCGAGGUGAAUUCUUACGAUAAACGCUGCGAUUUAUGGAGCCUGGGUGUUAUCAUGUACAUACUGCUGUGCGGCUACCCUCCGUUUUAUGGAAAUUGCGGCACGGAUUGCGGCUGGGAGAAAGGAGAGAAUUGCCAGUCUUGUCAGGAGCUUUUAUUUACCAGCAUCCAGGAGGGUAGAUACGAAUUUCCUGAAAGGGAAUGGAGAUGCAUUUCGGAAGAUGCAAAGGACUUGAUCAGAGGAUUGCUGGUCAAGGAAGCUCACCAAAGACUCAGCGCCGAGAGUGUGUUGAAACAUCGUUGGAUUAAUCCUGGACCAACAGACGAGGAAGGGGGUGACAGGUCACUCACCACUCCACAAAUUAUUAGAAGGAAUAAUUCAGCUCGUGAAUUGUCAGCAUUUGCGGAAUCUGCUAUGGCUGUCAACAGAGUAGUUCUACAGCAUUUCUCGGUUAAUUUGGAAGAAUUGGCUGAGAAUAGAGCGCCGAGAUUAUCGACGUCAUCGACCGACGAGGACAAUCAUCCUUACGGACAUAUGUCGGAUUCUAGCAGCGAAUUGUCAGAACAUGGAAAAAAUUGCGUCACCCAUUCCUCGAGCGAGUUUGACACACCUCGGGCAAAGUCAUGUUCCGUUCACUCGAGCAUUGACUUGAAUGAUUUGAAGAUCAUCGGCAGGAAUCGACUCAUUGGUAAGGAGUCUCUCAAUCUGUUCGGGCUUUCACCACCGAGCGAGAGCAGACUGAUGCAGAGGAGACUCAAGGCGCGUUCAAAUCUACUCGAACGUCGCACCGACUCAAUCGUAGCAUCGCCAAGUGGCUGAUAGGCGAUGCGAUGAUUUCAGAUUUUGAAAUUAUUUCUCAAACAUGUUUUGUCGCAUCAAUUUAUAUCAACAAAGAGAGAAGCUAAGAAGUUGUUGGUAUAAGCAUUAAACAAUGAGAGAGGUUUUUUUUUUUUUUUUCAGUCUGAAGGAAAUUUGAAAUUGUAAUUGAAAAUUUUCUUGUUCUGCGGUUGACGUUAAUACGGCUAUGAUAAUAUUGUAGCGACUCCUACCCUGACGUGGCGUUACACUUUUCUGUAAUUUGCUUUUAAUUUUUUUUAUUUUUUCUUUUUUGUUACAGUUUUUGUUAUAAGAAUACCUAUGAAGUGAAAAAUAAAUUCUAAACUUGAGGGAAAAGCAAAAACAGAAUACGAGACAAAAAAAGUAAAAAAAAUUACCACCGAGGCUGUAAUUGUCCAAUGCAACCAUUUGACGCAAUUUACCCACUGACACGUAUGAAUUUGAUGGUGUUUUCGAUUACGUACGUUUAAAUUCAGACUUUGAUAUCGGUAUAUUGUAGAUCUGUCAAAAAUAUGUACAUGCAUAUUAUUACAUUUUGGAAUUCUCUCACUACUACAAUUCUCUCUCUCAGCCUCUCUGUCUCUCUCUUUCAUUUUCUCCCUGUCUUGAAUAUUAUUAUUGUGAAAGUCUUUUUUACAUUUCGUUGUUUAAUACGAUUACUUGUAUUCAUUUAUUAAUGAUCGAAUUUUGUAAAUUGUUGCGUGCUCUUUGAGAGCCCCAGGUGCAUUGUAAAAGGUUUGCUCACUAGGAAGGUAGUCAGAGGGUAGAUUUUAAGGUUGAAGGAGGGUAGAGUCGUGGUGGAGAGAAGAGCUAUUUCGUAGGUAUUGUAAGAAGAUUGAUAAAAUUUUAAGAUUGUCAUCAAUUUAAUCGUAAAAGGAAGAAAGGAAAAAAAUUUGAAAUUUGUACCUGUACCUUACGCAGAUAAUCGAAACAAAAAAAAAAAAGUAGAUGAGUGUAAAAAUAUAAAAAGUGCAAAUCGGUAGUAAAAGAGAUAAACCUGUUGCGACGUUUGAGUCUAUGUUGAUGAUGAAUUUAAAGAUUUAAAUCUAUUAAUUAUUGUGUAAUUAUAGAAUUUUAACGAAUCAACUACCACCUUUCCAAUGGGUUUGUACAACGCUACUUGAUAUGUAACAUAUUAUUGUAGGUAUUGUAGUUGAGAUAAACACAGGGAGUUGUUUUUGGGGAUCAUCAGUGAGCGAUGGAUUUAUAGUGCAAGUUUCAGUUAACGGUCAACUCAGUCAUGAAAAUAUCUUGGUGUAUUUUUUUCUUCGCGAUAUUAGAAAGAAAAAGCAAAGAUUUUGUAAACGAUUAUUAUUAUUGUUAUUAUUACCUUACUACUACUUCUGCUACUACUACUAGACAUAUUAUCAAUAAUAAUAUUAUUAUAUUCUCAAGCAACAGUAUUGUAGGUUUGCGGUUGAAGCAACUUACCUUCAUUCUGGGUACUCAGGAUGUGUAGCGUUGACUCUCAAACUCUGAACCUUUGAGUUACAUACGUUGAUUAUUUUUAUUUAUUUUUAUUUUUUUCUCAAUACUGUCUUGCACUAUUACACCAAUUUUCCAUCUAUCAUGCCUCUUUUUUUCUAAGAAAUUUAUUUGAGAAAAAAAUCAUUCCUCUUUGCGAUGGGUGAUACGAAUUUGUGCGUUUCUUGAGAAAAAAAGUCGCUGAACAUUUUCGGUCUGUUAUAUUACGGCGAGAGAAAUUGAAGAGAUAACUCAGUCCAGGCCAAGAGCUGUAUAAGCCCUUAUAUUACACUCUUUGUAAGGAAAAACCAAACGUUAAGAGAACAAAAAAUAAAUAGAAUAUGAACAAACAACACUUACACUGGCACAAAAAUAAACUGUACAAAUAUUUUCACGUACUGUAACUGUACUGUAUAAACGAUGUUACUGGUUAUCGCUUAGUUUGGUCGUGGCAAAUUUGCACAGUUAAUUACACAACAUAAAAACCCAUAAAAACAAUGGUACGUUUGAUACACACUAUCGUAGAGUGUUGGAAAAUUUCUGAGCCAAUCUCUGUUGAAUUAAUUUCCGCCGACUGGCCUAAAUUUCAUGCAGGUGGACAGUUGCAAUCAAACCAAAGGACUGUCUUGUUUAAUGAGUCAUAAAAUGGCUCUGCUCAGGAACUGUCUGACAAAAUAUUCAGAGAAAAAUGAAAAGAAAACACAUCGUGCAAAAAAGAAAAUAGAAAAAUAAAAAAACUAAUGAUUCAAGCUCAUCGUCAGUUAUGAACUAUUCCUUUGAUUUCUCUCUUUCGAGCUUAAACUAUUACGAUAUGUUGUUAGAAAAUCACUGGGAACGGUUUCGGGCUCCAACGUCAACGAAAACUUCUCAUUUAGUUUCAUUUUCUUCUCUCUUUUUCAAAAUGAAAAUAGUUAUCGCGUAUAGUUUUACGCGAGAAAUGUUCAACCGCCGUAGAAAAAAAAAGAAGGGGAAA